AUAGGGAGAAAAAUGGAAGUCUAUGGAGUUUUAUGAGCCAUCCCAAACUUUAGGGGUCUUGCCGAUAACUCCUCAAUUUAUCCCUUUCUUUUUUAUCGCAUCAAACUCAACUGACAGUCACAGGCGCCGGCAUCCUCUCCUUCCCCUUCGUUUCAUUUCCUCGGCAGCAAUAUCAAUGUGCGAUUGCGCUACUCUUCCCUCAUUGUCAUUUAAAUUCCGUUCCCAAUUCCAACCUCAACCCUCAAAAUUCCCCCAAAACCCCCACCAAAGAUUCAAUCUUUCCAUCAACAAAACCCCUCAACGAAACCCUAGAUCCGCCUGCUCAGAAAACAACAACGAUUCUCCAAUCGAUGAUCCUUCCCGAGACGAUAAGGAGCAGCAGAGAUCCUCUACCUUCGAUUUCCUCGAGCUGAAGCGGGAGCUCGAGAAAGAGGACGAGCUGCUUCCAGUCGAGGGCUUGGGAAAUGGCGGCGAUGGGGGACUGAGAAGUAGAAGAGGCGGGAGGAGGCAGAUGAUGAGGAGAUCGAGCUUGUUGGCGAAGCAAGUGAUCAGCGUUGAGACUGCUCGGAGUUUGGGGUUCGUUUCUCAGCUCUGGGUCGAUACUAGCUCGCACAAAAUUUCGACUUUGAGACCAUUAGAGCUUUAUUUUCAGUGGAUAGUAGUUUCAGUUGAAGUAAGACCCAAUUUGCUCUCCGGGGAUGCUGACAAGUUUCUCCUUGAUGAUGUAUGCCAGGUAGGGGAUGUUGUGCUUGUUCAGGACGAGAGCGUCAUGGAAAACGAGCUUAAAAUGAUCGGCCUAGAUACUUUGGUAGGAUAUGAUGUUGUCACAUCAGGUCGACGCAAUGUCGGUAAGGUCCGUGGGUAUACAUUUAACAUAAAUUCAGGAGCGGUGGAGUCCCUUGAGCUUGAUUCUUUUGGGGUUUCUAUUAUCCCUUCUAGUCUGGUAAGCACCUACUGUUUGUUUGUUGAAGAUGUGCUUGAGGUAGCAUCUGACACUGUAACAGUAGAGGAAGGUGCUGCCUCUCGUGUACGUAGGGUAACCAAGGGCAUCUGGGAUGCUCAGCACAUUGAUAGAGCUGGUGGUUAUGAUGAUGAAUAUUAUGACUUUGGAAGACGAGGUGCUCGCUCAUUUCAGGGUCAAAGCAGGCAGAAUUCUAGAGGCCGCAAGUUUGGGCGAAAAAGAAGAGUAGUAGAUGAUGAUUGGGAGCUUCCCAUGGAUUAUUGAUGAGGUUCAUUUACAACUUCAAGAAUUCUGGAUGUUGGCUAUUGCAGAUAAUUUAUCGGGCUGUUACUGUUGACGAGCUGGGAGAGAAUCCUCAACGAAAGUAUGCUACAUGGUGUAUCAAAUUUUUUGCGAUUAAUUUUCACAUUAUAUUGCAAAGGCUACAACAAACUGUGAGCAUGAAAUUUGGUUCAAGAGAUCUAUCUAGGCACAAGCUAAUUCUGCUGGUGUAUUGUCUUCGAUACAAAGAAACCAAGCAUUGCCAGAGAGAGGAUUGAAGAGAAUGGAGUUAAAGAGUGUUUAUAUAAAAAAUAAAUUAAAGUCAAAAUAUGUAAAAAGUAGAUCGAUGUUGUAAAAAACUAAUUGUUGGAAAGAGUUAAAAAUGUUGCUAUUUAUUUGCUGGUGCAGGCUC